AUGGCUCCUGCGCAAUCCAAGAUGGUACCUGAAGGAGGCGAUGACAACGCGACAAGGGCGUCCGGCCAGCAGACGCUCGAAAACAGUCAGCUCUCGUCCAUGUCUGCCAACAAGACUACCACGGCGCCCGCCGCUCCUCCUUCUCCUGCUGUUGCUGCGUCUAGCGGCGACGAGGAGCAGGAUGAGAUAAAGCCAUCGACCAGCCAGAUCCGCCCGACCCUCCAGGAGGCCGCCUCUCUUUCACGGAACGGUCGCUUCUUCCAAGCGCUUUACUCCAUGAUGCCGACGAUCCCGGCCAGCACGCAAGAGGGCAUGCUAGCGCGGGCCAUGGAGAGUCUCCCCUCCCUCCCGGCACGUCUUCCCGGUCUCUCUUCUCUCCCGUACGUCGGUGGCCCCGAACGCCGCGCCCGUUGCUUUUCCAACCGCGGCUACACGACUCUCCUCGAGCCGUUCGAGUCCGUCGAGAGCCAGAUCGACGCGAGCGUCGGCGACAUCAUCCGCGAGGACGUCGUCGUCGGUACUGCCUCGACCUCGACCCCCCAACUCCUCCACGCCGGCGACGAAGACAUCAACGCCAACCCGGAGCCUCUCACCGCGUCCCCGGAAGACGACGACGACGACGACACCUACUUCUGCGUCUACGAAGACGUCGAGACGGACGUGGGCUACGAGGCGCGCCGGCAGCAGGCCGAGGCGCGGCACGACCAGCGCGCAGCAGCUCCGUACUGGGACGCGGCGAGGCAGGCGCGCGACACGGCCGACGCGAUGCUGAGGACGGGCGCCCGGAAGGCGCUCGUCUGCGCGCGGGCCGGCGCGGCCGUCGUGGCGACGACGGCCCAAGACGCCGUGACGGACGUGAUGAGGGACCUCAGCGUCCAGGGUGCCAGGAGUCGACUGGUCGGAUCCGGUGCGCACCGCGUCGGGCUCCUCAGGGGCGAGGGCGGUGAGAGCACGCCUCAUGAAGCGUCCGCAGUCUCCGAAUGCUUCGUCGAUUUAGGCGAGGCGGACUCCAAGAACGGCGAUGGCUCAGACGAUGACGAAGGCUGCGUUGAGGGCGUUGAGGGCCAGAAGGAAGACGUUGUUACCGAAGGCCUGACGGUGGUUGGAGGCGUUCAGCCGAUCGAAUCCCCGUACGGUCAGAAGAAGAAGAAGAAGCAGCAGCAGCGGAAGGAAACCAGGAAGGCACAGAAGGCCAAACAACGCGCCCGUUCGGCAGCCACGCCGGGAAGCGUUCGCUGCAACCAGGAGCCAAGCACCAGCACCAGCAGCAGUGACGACUUCUUCGAUGCCCCUGCAAGCGGCGCAAGCACCGGUGCCUCCAGCAAUCGUGCCGGUGCCACCUUCGACAGCAUCGACCUCGACCGCAGCGAGUUUGUACACCCCGCGAGCCUGGCUGACGACGACGACGACGACGACGACGACGACGACGACUUCGAUAUCAUCACCGAGGAGGAGGCUGGACGCCCGGCCUAUUCUCUGGAUGACAUUACACCGCACGUCCGUCGGCCCCUCCACGCCGCCCGCGGCUACGACGGUCCCGCCACUGCCACUGCCGCUCGUCCUCGUGCUCCUGUCCGCUCGCCUGGCUUCCAGCGCCCGCCCUCGCCUGGAACGAUGCCCAUCGCCAUGAUCUCCCACGGGACCAACGAGCUUCCGCGCCGUCGUCGUAUCGACGGCAACUGA